CCGACCACGACCAGCUGGGCCCAGGCCACGGGCCGCACACACACACAUUUGCAGCAACGGCCUUCCGAUUCCUUCAUUUCCGAUUCACGUCUCAACCCCACACAUCCUCGUAACCAUGCAAGUCUUGUUCGCUGUCGCUACCAUCGCCGCCGUGGCCGUUGCCCAAACCACCACCACCAAGCCCGCGGUGACCACCGUGGCUGCCACCACCGUCCGCCCUGCCAACGCGACCGGCAACAGCACCAACCCUUCCGCCGUCAUUUCGGCUACCGUCAAGCCGGCCACGACUGUCGCCGGUGCCACGACCAAGGCGGCCACCACGGCGGCCCCCACGACCGCUAAGCCUUCGUCCGCGUCGGCUGCGUCCGUGGUGGCCAGCGUCGCGAUCGUCGCUGCGUGGGCUGCUGUCCAAUAAACGAUACCGUAGAACAAGCUGCCGUCAUGAAUAUAUAUGUAGAAUUCCACGAAAAUGCAAUGCUGAGACUUGUACAGAUCUUGAACGAACCAACAGUUGCAAAAUGGUCGACAGUCUCAAGUUGGUAUUGUCAAGUCGAUUAUUCGAAAU